AUGAGUGGUGAAAGUGGGUCAGGAAGAUUGCCCUCGCUUAGCUCGUCGACUGGUAAGCCAUCGUUGAAGUUUAAGCCUAAGGCUGUGGCGAGAAGAACAAAAGAGGAAAGGGAAGCUAGUGCACCAAAGAUCAAAGCAGAAGAAAAUCCAAAAUCGUUCCAUGAUAAGAAGAAGGAUGGCCGCAAGAAUACAGGUACCAAUAAUCAACAGAGGAGAAUGGCAAAAUUUCUCAAUAAUACUCAUGUUAUCUCAUCGGGUCCACUUGCAGCAGGAAAUUUUGUGAGUGAAAAAGGCAGUGAUAUGAGAAGGGGUUUCAUUAAAAGUGAAGGCGGGAUGUCAUCAUUGGUUCAAACUGGGCUACGAAAUAUUGAUAAUGGAGACACCAUUUCGGAUGAUGAAGACGACGAGGACAAAGAUAAGGAACAUGGAGCGAAGGGCAGAUCGAAAUUCAAUAUGGGGAGAGAAUAUGUAGUGCAUGAAAUACCCGACGACGAUGAUGAGGUUGAAAGUGAUAAUAGCGGAGAGUUAGACGAAGAAGCGUUGCAGGCUAGACGUGUGGAAGAGCUUUUCCCUGUUAGACCACUUCGUAUUAGACAUGACGACCUCGAAGUAGUGGAAAAGAAGGUCCAGGAAGCUUUGUCUGAUGUUACAACUCGUGAAGCUACUCCAGCACCAGGGGUCAAGAGAGAAGAAAAUGAGUUGAAAGAUAUUUUGACAGAACACGAAUCGACUCUCAAAGAAAAACUCAAAAGUUUGAACCUCCAAAAUCAAUUUCAGUCUCUGGAUGAGAACGAGACACUACUAGAGAUGAAAUCUCUGGUUGCUGAUCAGUUUUCAAUAGCGAAGAAGAUAAACAAAUUGAACGAUAAACCCAACAGGUUUAUACUCUUCCAAUUACCAUCUAAACUUCCGCACUUUGAAGAUGUGACACCACAAGCCAAUGAAGACACAGCCAUGCCCGAUGCAUCAGAGGAGACAGAUUCUAAAGAAAAGAAGCAAGAUGCUAGCAAGAAGAACGAACCAGUCCAAGUCUCUCAGGAAGCUCUAACCGGGAAUAUUGGCUCUAUAAGGGUUCACAAGUCUGGUAAAAUUUCGGUGAAGAUCGGCAACGUUAUCAUGGACGUAAGCAGAGGCGCUGAGACCACAUUUUUGCAAGAUGUCGUGGCAUUGAACAACGCGGGAGAGACUCCAUCGAUUGAAGCACUUGGAAGAGUAGAUGGACGAGUAGUAGUUACACCAAGAUUCUAA